CAUAUGCCCAAAAAAGCAAAUGAACACAGGAAGCGACACAGGGCGACUACGACUUCAAAGCCUGCAGCUUUAGCAAGCUUCAGACUUUUCAUUGAUCUUGAUUCCUGUUCGAUACAGACUUAAAUCAAUAGUUUACCGUUUAUUUUCCACCAAAAGAAUGACAAUGUCAAUGACGUCCGUUUUGGAUUUGUCAAAGGUUCGCGACAUUGCACGCGAGGAGCGCGCGACGGAGGUACAAUAUACGCCGGCCAGUCGCUUGGUAGCUUUUGUUACCAGAGGCUAUCGUAGUCGGGUGAAUGUUUGGUACACAACGGGCACAGUUGGUACGUAUAUCGACCACCCCCGACAGGGACGCACUCAACUUUUUCGGCGCCAGGUGACGUUAGGGGUCCUGCGCGAGAUUUUUCGAGAUCCACGCGUACACACGGGUUUGGGAUACCACUUCAGGGAUCAAAUUCCGACCCCCGCCCGAAACGACCCGCGGGACCGGUCGCGGUCUCCCAGGCGGAGGGAGCCCGAGCCAGAAAGCGACGCAGCCGGCGGCGAGACGAGGAGCAGCACCGAGGUCGAUGAGGAAGAGGCCGCAAAGGCUCAGCUGCUGCGGCUGAAGAAAGAGAAAUCCGACCUAGAGAAGGAAAUCGAAGGCGUCCAGGCUAUUGUCGACGCAUUCGAGACGCGCAGGCAGGAAGAAAAGAGGAAGCAAGAAGAGGCGGAGGCCGAAGAACGGAAGAAAGCCGAGGAAGCACGGAAGGCAGCUGAGCGUGAAGCGGAGGAGGACCGUAAGAGAGCGACUCGACGGGAUCGCGGUACAAGCUUCAUCUUUUGGGGUAUGACAGAUGCCAAUACGCUUAAGAAAGAUUUCGACAAGGAUGUUUCCUGCAUCGCUGUUCAGGACGAUGCCUGGCUCCUUGUUCAUGAAAAAGCGCGCUCUUCUAGCUGGUGUGGGCGUAUACCGACAGGUUUGGAUAAAUUUCUUCGGAGUCGGGCGAAAAAUCAUCCACAGCCCACUGUCGUUGCACUGGGCAGCGAUGGGCGCUACUACUGUGAAGUUGAGAACGGAAAAGCACAGUGGAACGGACCAGAUAGCUUCUCCGAAGAAGUUAACGACAAUCCGACGAAGACCAUCAAGUGCGUUUCGUUUGGGGAGGACUACAACACCUGGUUCAUCGUUUUCAAAGAUGGUGCCUAUUCUUCGCAGGGCAACAUUCCCGCCAGCCUAUCAAAGCUACUAAAUCAAAGAAACCUGGCGGAUUUGGAGUUUGUGUCGCUCGGGCCGGACGGCGACUACUUCGUCCGUGCCAUGAAUGGACGCUCCUGGUGGAAUUUACCGGUUCACAUAAGCAAUGAUCUCAACAAAGAAACGAAGGCUGGAGCUUCUGUGAAGAGUAUUUACUUUGGAAGCGCAGGGAAUGUCUUCGUUCGCGGAAAUGACUUUCGGUAGCUAGUUAUGUAUGAUGAUACAAUUAUUUCAAGAUCGAUGGAAAUCAUUCCGUAGCAUCAAAAUGUACAAGAAUUUUUUUUAACUUCUCGGCUCGGAAAUUGAAGUUACUUGCUCAGCCAUGACGAACUCUCAUCCAUCGCUCCACGAC